ACGCGGGACCUGUUACUUUUGUUUUGAGUGGAAAGUGUUACUACUAUAGAGUUACACCCGGCUCAAUUGAUCCCUUUUAUUUAUUGUGGAAUUUUAUUUUUUUACAGUCUAUGGAUCAUCCUGAUGUGUUCCCGCUACAAAUUGCCCCCCCCACACAUAAUUUACUUAGUUCGCAUGCUUACGUUAGUUUGAAGUUGAGUUAACGGUUUUCUUUGUUUAAAAAAUCACAACGGUUUGAAACGUUAGCCAAACGGAAUUCGUGUGACAUGGAAUUAUUUCAGAAAGUGGAAAAGAUUGGAGAAGGGACGUACGGGGUGGUGUACAAGGCAAAGAACAAAGUCACGGGAGAGACUGUUGCACUCAAGAAAAUCAGACUAGACACGGAAACAGAGGGAGUACCAAGCACUGCCAUCAGAGAGAUAUCGCUCCUCAAAGAGCUCAGUCACCCAAAUAUUGUCAAGCUCUGUGAUGUCAUCCACACAGAGAACAAACUGUACCUGGUUUUUGAGUUCCUUCAUCAGGACCUUAAGAAGUUCAUGGACUCCUCGGUCUCUGGUAUCUCUCUGCCACUUGUCAAGAGUUACCUGUUCCAGCUGCUGCAGGGCCUGGCCUUCUGUCACUCCCACAGGGUUCUCCAUCGGGACCUGAAGCCCCAGAACCUUCUCAUUAACGCCCAGGGGGAGAUCAAGCUGGCUGACUUUGGCCUGGCUAGGGCCUUUGGGGUGCCUGUCCGCACCUACACUCAUGAGGUGGUAACUCUAUGGUACCGAGCUCCAGAAAUUCUUUUGGGCUGCAAAUACUACUCCACAGCGGUUGACAUCUGGAGUUUGGGCUGUAUCUUUGCUGAAAUGAUAACCAGGAGGGCCUUGUUUCCAGGCGACUCAGAGAUCGAUCAGCUGUUCCGGAUCUUCCGUACCCUGGGCACACCGGACGAGGUGGCUUGGCCAGGGGUCACUUCCAUGCCUGACUACAAGCCCUCCUUCCCCAAGUGGGCCCGACAGGAGCUGUCCAAAGUGGUUCCCCCACUGGAUGAGGAUGGGAGAGAGCUGCUCAGGCAAAUGCUGAGCUAUGACCCAAACAAGAGGAUAUCUGCCAAAAAUGCCCUCGUCCAUCGUUUUUUCCGUGAUGUCACCAUGCCAAUGCCACACCUACGACUGUGACAUGCAGACUGACAGGAACAAUACAUAGCCCAGGGUCUUUCCAUGAGAGAUCCCUGAGCAGGAGGACUGCCCCAGCUCUUAUCCACACCUGAAUACUACAGUCCAGGAGAUGGGAGAGAUCACAGUGAAAUAUGGAUGCCUUUCCAAAAAUCAUUCUAGCAGCCAAAAACCAGCAUUUGUAUAAAUUGGAUGUCCUGUGAGUUUUUUCUCUACAGCUAUGAGUGUCUGUUAUGUCAUAGAGAAUGAACUCUACAGUUGUUUCAGCAUUUUAUGUGUAUUGAAAGGGUUAACUUGGUUUGUGUACAUUUUAGCCAUUUAGCAGAUGCAAGCUCUUUAUUUGUUCAUUGCAUAAUUUAUGAUAAAAAGUUGAUUAAAUUAGUUUGAGCUUUA